AGCCAUGAGAACAACACGGAGAUCGGACCAUGUAUCCGCACACUGGAGCAGGAAAGCUCGACACGUGCGGUGCAACACGCGACCACAAAGACAACCUAGCAAAAUUUGGCCUGGAUUCCCACACGGUUCCCUGGUUUCCCAGGAAGAUAUCAGAUCUAGAUAGAUUCGCUAACCACAUACUCAGCUAUGGAUCUGAGCUGGAGUCCGACCAUCCCGGUUUCACAGAUGAAGUCUACAGGGCUCGCAGGAAAGAAUUUGCUGACAUUGCCUAUCAUUACAAACAUGGUCAGGAGAUUCCGCGGGUGAAGUACACGGAUGAGGAGAUAGAGACGUGGGGAACCAUGUUCCGUGAACUGACGAAACUCUACCCGACACACGCCUGCCGCGAGUUCAACCACGUAUUACCGCUACUCAUGGACAACUGCGGCUACAGAGACAACAACAUUCCGCAGCUACAGGACGUCUCCGAGUUCCUACACGAUUGUACGGGAUUUAUGCUGCGUCCGGUCGCCGGGCUCCUGUCGUCACGUGACUUCCUGGCUGGUCUCGCCUUCCGGGUGUUUCACGCUACACAGUACAUUCGUCAUCCGUCUAAACCGCUGUACACACCUGAGCCGUACGAUGACUCGGGAGCGGUUCACAUGAAGGAGAAGGAGGAUAGAUUCGCGAAGGCAGAUAAGGAGAGCGCAGCAACGCUGAUAUUCUGCCUCAAGGAAGGAAUCGGAUCUCUUGCGAAGGCACUCAAGAUAUUCGAGGAUCACAAUGUCAACUUGAUGCACAUCGAAUCUCGACCGUCUAAGUGGUACAAAGGUUUCUACGAGUUCCUGGUGGAGCCAGAGAACAACACGGAGAUCGGACCAUGUAUCCGCACACUGGAGCAGAAAGCUCGACACUGCUACUGGUUUACCGUCGAGUUCGGACUCUGCAAGCAGAACGGAGCCGUGAAAGCUUACGGAGCUGGGCUUCUCAGCUCGUUUGGAGAGCUGCAGUACUGUUUGUCGGACAAGCCGGAUCUACGGCCAUUUGAGCCGGCGAAGACAGCCGAGCAGAAAUAUCCCAUCACUGAAUAUCAGCCUGUCUACUAUGUCGCCGAGAGCUUCCAAGACGCAAAGGAAAAACUAUUUACAUACGCAGCAAGCAUCCCACGCCCGUUCACUGUGCGCUACAAUCCUUACACGCAGAGCAUUGAAAUACUCGAUGACAAAUACAAGAUACUGGACUUAGCCGGAAACAUUAGAGGUGACAUGAAUUUGUUGAUGGAUUCCAUCGCCAAGCUUGAGUGAAAAAUUGCUGCUAUUUACACGUGAAGAGUAAACAAUGCGACCGAGUGACUGCCGUCUAUAAACGUGACGCAUAAAACAAUGAUCGCGACUGUUGAUUAUUUAGAACACACCCCCUCAUUGACGUCACUCAUGGCACACGUGUUUACUGAUGUCAGUCUCAUUUUACGAUUUAUAAUAAAAUAGUUUCAUAUGUUAAAAGUUUGAAUCAUGAAUUAGCAACAUCGUGCACAUAUAUGUUUAUAUGUACGACCAUCCAGCGAUAAAUGACAAACAUUUAUUUGGUGACUGAAGCUGGAAAAUAUAUAUUAUUUUGGAAGGCUACAUGUUUAAACACGAGAUUUUCCUUCCUUGUAAUGUUGCAUAAUGGUUAAAAACACCUAUAAGCAUACUCACAAAUAUGUUACAACUAGUAGCGAUGUAUUUUUGGUAUCAGCUUUAUAACCACCGAUGUUUCUCACUUGAUAUAUUGAACGGAAAAAUAUCACAUGUACGUUUGUAAAAACCCAUUUAUUCUAGGUUAACAAUUGUAUCAAUGGCAUUUCACCGCCGCAUUUGUAUGGCAAUUGUAUCGAUGGCAGAUUUGUCAUGACGAAUCUGUUAUCAGGUAUGGUAUAGCAUUUCGUCUGUUGUUUAGCUGAUAUAGUAGAUGGAAUUAUGUAACAUUUAUUAUGAUGUACACUGCGUUUAUUAAAAACAUAUUAACCUAACGCAGAAUUACAAUUGCAUUUAUCCAAAUGCAUUUCCGUAGUAUGUGUGUGAGCGAGUGUGUGUGUGAGCAGCAAACCGCACUGGUUGCUAUAACUUAUGAACCUAACACACUACAUUAUUACUGUCAUAGAUGAGAAAUAAAAGGAUAUAUAGACACAUAGCACGAUAAUACAGGCGAUGCCAUGAACAGCGAUUCUUUGUACAUAAAUUGACGUAGAAAUUUAUUGUCACGCGAGUAUUAUACAAUAAACACGUGUCCUGAAUUCUUCAUAUUCAUAAACAUUUGCGUCAAACCGAGAUCGAUCCAGCAAGCCUUGAUGCA